CCGGCCCUUCCAAACGCACCCGAACCUUCCGUUCUUCAGUUAUCAGAAAGUUAUCAGAAACAAGGUUAAAAGAUGGCAUCCAGGAAAGCAGCUUUCAUAAUAGUUUUGGUAAUGUUGUCGACAAUUCAGCAGAUUUUUGGAGCAGGAGAAUGCGGAAAAACACCAGUGAAUGUUGUGGCCAAAAGCUUGAGCCCCUGUAUAGGAGCAGCCAAUAAUGCAAAGGCAAAAGUUGCACCUGCCUGCUGUGCCCAAGUCACCAAAACCUUGGCCAUGCCCAGGUGCAUGUGUGCUGUUUUUCUGUCUCCCUUGGCCAAGCAGGCAGGGAUUAAUUUGGGUAUUGCCAUUACCAUUCCAAAGCGUUGCAACAUAAAGAACAGGCCCAUGGGAAAGAAAUGUGGACGUUAUGUGGUUCCAUAAAGGGAUGCUGUUGCUUACACUAGUAUGGUCUGUGCAGAGAUUGCUUCUCGUCCUGUCUGAAUCAUCUGUUUAUCUAUGAAUAAAGGUGUAACUAUGUUUAUGCUUAGUCUAGUUUAGUUUAUGUAUUGGGUGAACUUGAUGAUGUAGUCCACUGUAGUUGCCUUACAAGUUCUGAAUAAUGAUGUAGUGUGAAAUUUUAAUGGGAAUUAUCUAAAUAUCUAUCUUUAUUUUGA